AUGCGUGCGCGCCGAUUCCAAAUACGAAUAAAGUACGCUAAAUACCUCAUUCGAGGCUCGACCGCCGCGCGGGACGGUCCUGUCGAUGAUCGCGACGGAUUUUCGUAUUCUAAUCGAAUGUUGGUGGAUAUUAUUUUAUUACUGCAUAUUUUUAAAUAAAAUUGUUGACUCUAUUAUACGUAGACUGCUGAGUGGUAUCGCGAAUCUAUGGGAUUUGGACAUAGAAGAUGAUUGAUGUGAAAAUGCUGUGAUUUUACAAAAACAAUUUAGUUUAAUUUAUUUAUUUAUUCAACCUGUGAUAUUUAGUGUGAUUUAGUUAAUUGUUUUAAUUCAAAAUGACGACGGAACAGGCAGGAGUGAUUACUAUUCAUCAAAUGCGAUUGCACCGGUGUGAGGGCUGUUUAGCGGCGUGCGGACGGCAACGCCGCUCCACGCCGCUCCCUGCCGUACCCAAGAGUUUGGCCAGGAGUAAAAUACUAAACCGAGCGCGUCGCGCCCCGUACACCGCCCCGAUGAGCAAGGACAACUGUGUGAAAAUGGAGGACGCUCCACCGACGCCGCCGGACAACGAUGCACCACCGAUGCCCUGGUUCGGCAUGGACAUCGGCGGUACCCUCACGAAGCUGGUCUACUUCGAGCCUCGGGAGACGAACCGGCGCGAGCUGGACAAGGAGACGGAAGUACUGAAGAAUAUCAGACGAUAUCUUACGAGGAACUCGGCUUAUGGCAAGACUGGCAGACGGGAUGUACAUUUACAGAUGGACAACGUAACAAUCCGCGGUCGUCGCGGUACCCUACACUUCAUAAGGUUCCCGACCUCAGAAGUGGGGGCGUUCCUCCAGCUAGCCAGGUCUAAGGGCAUGGCGGACCUCGUCAACACUAUAUACGCGACCGGCGGCGGCGCCUACAAGUUUGAAGAGGACUUUAUUAAGGAAGUAAACAUGCGUCUCAGCAAAAUGGACGAGCUAGACGCUCUCAUAGCGGGUGUCCUAUUCGUGGACGGCAUGAACUCGCAGGAGUGCUACUACUGGGCGCCGCCCGACGAACACGCUGUACAUACGCAUGUUAGUGAUUCGCCGCCCUACUCAGAAGCAGCCCUAAGCGUCUACGUUCGAAAGCCGUUCGAUUUCUCGGAGCCCUAUCCGUUCCUCCUCGUUAACAUCGGCAGUGGAGUCUCCGUGCUGGUCGUUAACGCACCUGAUGACUACUACCGUGUCAGCGGUACCAGCCUAGGUGGAGGCACAUUCCUCGGGCUCUGCUGCCUCCUAACCGGCUGCAGCAGUUUCGAGGAGGCCAUCCAGCUAGCUGCCUCCGGAGACAACACCACCGUGGACAAGCUGGUGCGAGACAUAUAUGGCGGGGACUACGCCAGGUUCGGCCUGCCCGGCGACCUGGUGGCCAGCAGUUUCGGCCAAAUGUGUUCAGCGGAGCGUCGAGCCAAAGUAUCCCGCGCCGACCUCGCCCGCGCAUGCGUCGUCACCAUCACCAACAACAUAGGCUCCAUCGCCCGCCUCUGUGCGUCCAACGAGCAUAUCGAGAGGGUGGUGUUCUGCGGUAACUUCUUGCGCGUGAAUCCUCUCUCUAUGAAGCUGUUAUCGUACGCGAUGUCGUACUGGUCGCGGGGGGCGCUCAAAGCACUGUUUUUAGAACAUGAGGGUUAUUUCGGCGCCGUAGGCUGUCUCUUACACCUAGACUCCCGCUCGCGUCGUCGCAAGGCCGCCGCGCCCGACGGAGCCGCACACAGCUGAGUACACACACAGACAUACCGCACAUACAUACACACAAACUUACAAACAAACAUGUUUAUAGUUGCUGUUUGAUUUAAUGACUUUGUUCUAUGAAAUCAGACAUUACUUUACAUAAAUCCAGGACAUUAAAUGUUAGGAAAAAUAUGUCAAAGGUCUUUUAGACCUUUGCAAGCACUUGUGAACGUCAAAAAUAUGAAAAAGUUUGUUUCUAGUUGCCCAUUCCAAAAGUAGCUUCCUAUAGACAAGAACGGGCAAGAAACUCCAUGGUUACUCGUUAAUUCCACGAGAAAUGAAUACUAAAUAUUUUUCCUAACAUUAAAUAAAUGGAUAUUUAUCACUCUAAAAGAACUUUUACACUAGCGGAUUUUCCGCGCGACUCAAUUUUUGUCGAGCAAGAAAAAGACAAACACAAUCGUGUGUAGUGUGAAAAUAGUCUUAGAAGUUGCUAAAAACAUGAUUGAUUUUAACGGCCGAUUUUUCAAUAAUCAUCAGUUAACUUCUAUCUGAGGAAUAAAUAUGGCGGUUUGACAUAUUUUGUAUACAAAAGCUGUCGAUACGUCAAACAUAUUUUACAGAUUAUGAAAGUUAUCUAGCGUUUGAAAUAUCGACCCUAACUGUGGAUUCCAAUAAGCUAUCCAUCCUUUGUUUGCGAUUGAGGAUUGAAUUUCGACAUAAGCUUCUUAUAAUUAUGUCAAAUUUCAAUCUGUAAUCGCUAACGUAGGAUGGAUUGCUUAUUGAAAUUCGCAGUUAAACAAUUUAAACAUGUAUUGUAAUGUGCGGUUUAAAGACGGAAAAGCGAAAAAAGUGUGUUUUUUUAAACAUAAAUUAAAUGAUAAAAUCAUAUUAUAUUAUUAUAAUUAUUACCUAGAAAGCAGUUUUUAUAGAUAUUUAUUAUUAUUAUUACUUAUUUAUAUAUAUAAAAUAGUACGUAUAUGAUGGUUGUUUAUAUUUUUGCAAAGACUUGUUGUUACGGGAGGGAUUAUUUUGCAGCCCUUUAAUUUAUUUUUUGGUUCCUAUAGAAAAUCAGGUUUUCAAAAAAUAUAAGCGGUUUUACACUAGCGGAUUUUUCAAAUACCCUGUCGAUGACAUCUAUAUACUAAUAUAUUAAAGAGGGGAACAUUUUUUUGUUUGUACCUUAAAGGCUCCGAAACAAUUGAGCCAAAUUGAAAAAUUCUUUCACUGUUGGAAAGCUACACUCUUCCCGAGUAACAUAGGCUAUAUUUCAUCCCGGUACGGGCAGUAUUUCCCACGGGACGCGGGUGAAAACGACUAGUCGUUUAAACUGAUUGUUGUUAGUAUAUGAUGAAUCGAGCGGGAAUUCCGCUAGUGUGAAACUCGUUUUUAAAAACGCGCGACAAAAUACACGCUGAAGCAAUUUUAAUUACAAAAUUUUUGACUACGUUAAUUUUUUCAGACAACUGUUUUUAAAUUAAUACCAUUUUGAAAUGACAAUAAAUAUCAUGUCUUUUUUUUAAAUAUCAGUGUUUUAGGAUAAUAGCAUAAAAAUACGGACAAUCUUUUUCUAAUGUUUUUUGUUUUUUUGUGUCACCAAUUUCGUUGUUUUGCGAGUUAGCGAGCCCGACUCGCACUUGACCGAAUGUUUUAGACUUUUGAUAUUGACUAUCAUUCCUAUUAAGGCGCGUCUAAACGGGCUAUUUUUGUGCUAUAUUAAUUUAUUUAGUGCCAAUAUUUUACAAGGAGCGACUGCCUAUCUGACCUUCUCAACAACUCGGGCGGGCCGAAACACAGUCAUUGGUGUCUAAAAUAUACUUAGAAAGUACAAACAAACUUAGAAAAGUUGCAUUGGUACUUGCCUGACCUGGAUUCGAAACCACACUCAUACUUGAGAGGUUGGUUCUUUACCCACUAGGCCACCACAACUUUUUUUUUAGCAACAAAUUGCAUAGAAAUAUAGUCUGUCUAGACACGCCCUUAAAAAAACUAAUUUUGUGGGCCUUAGAUGCAAAAAUUGAAAGAGAAAGAAAUAUGCUACGUGCCUUUCCCUCUAACAUAUUUCAAUAUAAAAUGUAGAUAAAAUAAAUAUGUGUUAAUAAUAUUGUUUCUUUGUGAACUCGUAUCUCCCGAAUUUUUGUCAGGCCGUUAGCUUCCUAAUAGCAUUUAUUUAGUCAUUUUUACCCUUAAAUAGGUCUCGACCAACAAAUGUAGACUUUUUUUGUUAAACACUUACUACAAAAACUUAAACAUCUGUUGAAUACUUGUCUAAAAAAGUACAAAACGCACCUUAUUUCAUUUAACGUCAUAAUCUGUCAUUUUUUUAUACAAGUGUUCAAAAGACGUUUAAAAGUUUAUGUGGUACAGCGAAUAAGGUUUAAAAUGUAUUGAUUGUGAAAAUAUAUUUGGACAGACUUGUAAACAUUGCUUAUAGAAUAUCUUCUUAUUAUACUAAUAUAAUAAAGAGGAAACAUUUUUUAUCUGUUUUUACCCGGAGCUCCAAAAUUACUGAUUUGAAAAAUUCUUUCACUGUUGGAAAGCUACACUCUUCCCGAGUAACAUAGGCUAUAUUUUAUCCCGGUACGCGCAGUAGUUCCCACGGGACGCGAGUGAAACCGCUCGUGAAAGCUAGUAAUAUAUUUUGUAAGCAAUGUUGCAAGUCUAA